AUGUCGGUCGACAGGUUAUUGACUGUCGCUCUGCGGGCUUUUCAAGAACCACCCAACACUGCCGAGACGAACAAGAUAUUUGCAACCACAACGACCUUGUUAUCGAAUCUAAACAACCCGCUGAACAUAACUCUCCUCACAUCACAUCUCCUAACUGCACGAGCGAUAUGGGAAGCACCAGACGGCUUGCGCACUUGCCUUCGAAUAAUCAGCAUAUUCAAUACUGCAGCAAAGCAUGUCAUACAGAAUUCGGAAAACAAUGCCAAGCUGGUUUGGGGACAAAAGCCCGUGGGCAGUGAGUUGCGCCCCGAGGACUGGGCACGCGCAGUCGCAAAUGGUGCCGACGAGCGCUCGGCCAGAUGGAAACAUGUCCUAGUCCUGACCGGUAUCCUACUCGGCAUGGAGAGCAACGAUAAAAGGACCCUUUCAUCAGGUUUGAAGUCAACUCUGGAACAGGCUGUGGUCACGGCAGCGAACAUGGCACUAGGAGAUGCAGUACAGACGCAGGAACUCGGCAACAGUGCCAUUGUCUUGGCUUUGACUUAUUCCUUCCCGGUCUCGUCGCCUUGGAACAAGAGUUCCCUGAACUGUGACUUGUUGUUGCCGGCUACUCUGCGCGUCAUGAUGGGCACCGAGGGUUUUCAGGGAGGAGACUUCUUGCGCACGAUAUCUGCGGGAAACUUUGCUGGGCACGAAGCAUUCUACAGGGCGUCCCCUGACUCUUUUGCCGCAGUCCAGCAAGUUUCGAGCCAACCAUUGGUCCAGAAUAUGGGACCUUUAUCACGAGUGGCAGCAUUUGCUGUCGAGAAUGCAUCCGACUCGAAGGCUGUUCUUCAAGCACAAGAUCACUUGUUGGCUCUAUCAAUUGACUUGCUGGAGCAGUGGAGAAGAUGUCCGUUCUCGGCAAUUGACGUAUCGGUUGAGUCUGCCGUCUUGGCCCCCGAGUUACAACAAGGCCCUUGGAAUUUGCUGUGGCAGGUCCUCAAAAAGCUCAUGUAUGCUGUUGUUGCGACUGCACAGCCCAUAAUAGGACGUUGUCUCCUUGACCCGCAUCUGAGAAAUGAUGCUGUCGCACCAAUCGUGGCGUCAAAGACGCUCCAUGUGUUACGCAACCUCUAUUUCAUCUCGUCUAGAGGCGGUGCGGACUCAUUCCAAGUAUACACAUUUACAUACCUCACAUCCAUCGAUGUAAUGUCGCGAUACCCCGAGGCUUGCAUUGGCUUUCUGCAGGAAAUGCUACCUCCAACGCUGCAGUCGAAUGGUCAGCCCCCAAGCGCUUUGGAUCAGGCACUCACUUUGUUCUACCUCAAUCUGGCGGAACAUCUCCCGCUUUCGCUUCCAACACCAGCCGCGGAGAGUCUGAUCCUCACACCCGCGACAUCGCAGCUUUCUUUCGCAAUAUCCACUGCUGAAAGCCUGCCGGCAAACUCCCUCACCAUGCCUCUUUUCGAGGCUUCUCAUUCUGCAAUCCUCUCUGUCAUGUCUUGUCCGCAGCAUGCAGAACUGACGGUGUCCGCGAUACCAUUCUAUGUGGAUAUACUGCUUCAAUCUUUCCCAACUCGAAUUUCUUCGCGGCAGUUCCGCCUAGCCUUCAAAACGGUUAUGCAAAUUGUCUCGCCCCCUUUUCCUAUAUCGGCAACACAUCCAAAACUGUCCGAGAUACUUCUCGAGACGUUGCACUUCCGCUCCGUGUCGGCAAAUGUGCUGCCUCUCCCGCCCGAAGCCACGCCGACCUCUCCGUCCCCGAUGGCGUCUCAACAACCGUCAGAAGAGCAGGUUCAGCAACCACGACUUUCAGAACAGUCGACGCUGGUGCUAGCCUUGAUCGACGCUCUCCCCUUCUUGCCGUUGCAAAUAGUAGAUGAGUGGCUCUCACGUACCGCUGAGGCCAUGAACGCGAUUGCUGAUGCCAGCAUGCGUGAAGUGGCGAGGAAGAGAUUCUGGGACGUACUUGUUAGUGGUGAGAUGGACGUGGAGAGAGCCGCAAUUGGUGUCGCCUGGUGGGGAACCGGCGGUGGACGGGAAAUGGUACUGUUGAACGCUCCAAGGGUCCAGGAAAAGCAAGAGGAAUACAUGAUGAGUGGUGCUCUUGGGAACAAGACCACGCCAAGACUUUAG